AAGGAAAUUUGACAGUAAUGAAGACCAAGACAAUGUUGUGAAAUACAGGGCUUCUCAAAAUUUAGAAAAUGUACAGCUCGAACAAAAUCAAUUCCUCACCCAACAACUUCGUGUAUAUAAAGAGAGUCACGAAUGCAUUACCCCCAAAGUCAUUCUACACAGAAACACAGAUAUUUCAAGUGAUGGUAAUAGUCUAUUCCAAUCACUCAUACGUGUUCUGCAACUUAAAAUUUCGACUUGUGAUUUGAGAAGACAGUUACGUGAUUCACCUUAUUUAAACUCCUGCCACAAUCCACAGGGAGCAUAUAACAUACUCUCAAGUAACAAUGAAUAUGGAGAUUUGGAUUGUUUAUACUUGUUUGCAAAAAUUUACAAUCAAAAUAUUUGUGUGCAUUUCCACAAUUUCAACGUAAUUUCAAAAAAUGAAGACACUCGCUUCCGUCAUUUUAAAGCAAAUGAUACACAUAAUUGGAUUCAUCUUGAUCUUCGUGAGCUGCACUUUACGCCUUACUUCUCUGAUGAUGAAAAGAAGAAAGAAGAUGAAAGAAAAGAAAGAAAAAAGGAACAAAAUCGAGAACAUCAAAGGGCAUGGCGUCAGCGUCAAAGUAGAAAGAAGAAAGAAGAUGAAAGAAAACAAAAGCCGAAAAACAAAGAAUAUUGUAAGCGGUAUCGAGAUAAAAAAAGAACAUCAAAUUUACAAACAGUCAUUCAUACUUCACAAAUUGCAGGCCCGUCCACCGGAGGUGUGCCAUAUGUUCCACCAGUUAACUGUAGUUCCGAAAUUGCAGAUAUAUUGUCGAGAUAUGUACCUUCAAGUCCAUCAAUACAUUCUAACUACAAUUCUAUCGAAGAUAGAGUGCGUCAAAGGCAUUUUCCUUCUGAAGUUGUUGAAUCAUCUCCACCUAAUAUACAUCUUCAGACAUACUCUGCUUUUCAACAGAAUUCUUCUGCUCAUCGACAAUUUGAAAAAGAUUUUGUUGAAAAUGAAUUUGGUCAUGCUUGUGACAUUUGUGACAGACUGUGGUUUAGAAAAGAUUUGAAAUAUUUGGAGAAUAACGAUGCAACUCCAAAUAUUGAAUUUAUAAGAACAUUGCUCUCAAACACUGCUAUACUGAAAAUAAAAGUAUGUUUGACUUGCUUUACAGCCAUUCAAAAGCAACAUAUCCCACCACUAUCAGUUUACAAUGGAUUCAAAUAUCCACCAUUUCCAGACUGUCUUAAAGACUUUCCUUUGGACUUGGUAACUGAAAGGUUUAUAUCGCCAAGGAUUCCAUUUAUGCAAAUUCGAAGGCUUCGGCAUGUUCACGGUCAAUAUGGAAUAUACGGGCAGGUGAUAAAUGUUCCAAUUGAAGUAAACACAAUGGUGCAUCAGUUACCAAGACAAGUGGAUGAUGAUCAUGCCAUAACAGUUCACAUUAAAAGGAAAAAAAUUCACAAAUCUAGCUACGUGUAUGGUAUAGUGACGAAGAGAAAAAUAAAAGUGUGGUUACGAUAUUUAAAGGAUACUCCUCUUUACAAGUCCUACGGCGUUUUAGUUGACGAUGGUUUUUUGAACGAUACAAGUUAUGACGUUGAAGAUGAAAUCAUCUUUGAUGAAGAUGGCGACAAUGACAUUUUAGAACAAAUAGCCAUCGAGGAAUGUUUAAUGGCACAGCAGCAAACAUUGAUGUGGAAUGACGAUACGUACUUGAGAAUCGCUGCAGGCGAAGGUAAUGCUCCAAAGAGUUUGCUAUUUGAUGAACAUGCUGAAGAAUUAUCUUUUCCACAAAUAUAUUUGGGGCAAUUCAGAGAAUUUAAGCAUGCGGUCACUCCCUUCAUGAUGGCCACAAGUGAACUAAGGAGAUCUGAUAGACGAGGAGUAACCCCUCAACACUUAUUGUACAUGGCUAUGAAUAUAAUGAGGAUUAGAAUUAAGGAAUCUCUACAUAGCAUGUCAAUGUUCAAGCAUGUUGGCCAAGGCAUUGCAAUAACUAAAGAGCAAAUACAAUCUGAUGAUUAUAUUCACGGCUGCAUUGAAACUAAUUUGGCAUUCCUUCGUUCUAUUCCGAAUUCAGCAUAUUAUUGGGCUGAGAGAAAAAGAGAUCUUUUUGCUAUGAUUCGGCAAUACGGUAAGCCAACUAUUUUCUUUACCAUAAGUGCAAAUGAAAUUGGAUGGCCUAAAUUAUUACAAUUGUUGCAUAAUUUGAAAAAUAAUGCGGAAAUAUCUGUUGAAGAGGCUGCAGAUUUGCAUUUUAUUGAGAAAAGCACUCUUAUUAAUGAAGAUUCCGUGACAUGCGCUGUAUACUUUAAUAAGUUAGUUGAAAUUCUUUUAAAAAUAUUGCAAUCAAAAAGGCACAGUCCUUUAAAAAAAUACAGGAUUUUGCAUUACUUUAAAAGAAUUGAAUUUCAACAUCGAGGUAGUCCACAUGCGCAUAUUUUAGCGUGGUUAGAUAAUGCCCCAGAAGACGCCCUUAACAGAGAUUAUAAUGAAGCCAUCGAUCUUAUCGAUUUUCUGAUAUCAGUAUCUGCUGCCGAGGCUUCUGGUGAUAUACGAUUACAAACACAUAAGCAUACUUUUACUUGCUAUAAAGGUGUAGCAUCGAGACGACAGCAAAAAUGUAGAUUUGACGCUCCGUUUAUGCCAGUUAAGAAAACCAUGAUUUUGACGCCUAUGCCAGAUACAGAAAAUGGUUUCCAACAGUACAAGGCUAAAUAUAAUUCAAUCCAAAUAAACUUGGAAAAAUACGAAUACAAUGGAUUUCAAUCGUUCUACGAUGAAAAUGAUAUUGCUUCAGAUGACGAAUAUGUCAAAAUUAUUCGAGCAGGAAUUAAUAGACCACGAGUUUUUCCAAAACGUAAACCAUGUGAAAAGUGGAAUAAUCCAUUUAAUCCAUUCAUAUUCAACGUUGUCAGAUCCAACACUGACUUCCAAUUUAUAACUGAAGAAUAUUCUUGUGCAGCUUACGUGGUCGAAUACGUUAACAAAACUAACAGAGGUGUUAGCAAUUUACAAAGACAAAUAAUUGAAAUAAUGGAUGAACAUCCUGAGUUUAAUUUAUUUGACAUUGCUAAAAAUAUUAGCAUUAAUCUUUUGAACCACACUGAGAUCACGAGUCAAGAGGCUGCAUGGUAUUUAUUGAGAGAGCCAAUGUCAGAAAGUUCAUCUGUUAUUAGCUAUAUACCAACCAUUUGGCCGGCCGAAAGGCAUAGAACAAAGAAGACAAUUAAAGAAUUAAGUGAACUAGAAGAUGAUUCAACCGACGUAUGGAAGGAAAAUUGUUUCGACAAGUAUGAGAAGAGACCUGAAGAUUUAACAGAUAUUUCUCUUGCUCAGUUUGUUGCUAAAUAUUAUAAAAAUAUGAAGGGUGACUAUGUACUCAGGGAAGAACCAAGAGUUAUACGAUAUCGCAAUUAUGACAUGGGUAAAGACUACAAUGAGUAUCGGAGAGAAAUGGUUACUUUGCACCUUCCGUUCCGUCAUGAAGAAUCUGAAAUUCUCGCAGAAUCGCGAUAUCUUCAGUUAUACGAAGAAAAUGAGGUACUUAUUCUAGAUCGAAGAAAAGAGUUCGAAUCAAAUUUUGACAUCGAAAAAAUAUUGGAAAUCUGCAGGGAGUUAUGUCGUGAAUAUGUUUCCGAUGAUGGAGAGAAGAUAAACGACGUCGUUGGUAGAAUUCCUAUUUGAGAGUGAUAUGCUUAAAGCUGUAUAUGUUGUUCCACCUAUGGCUGAAGCAGCUUUUCCAGUUGAAGCACAAGCAAUGUAUACGUUGAAAAUUCCAUCCGUGUCAGAAAAUCUUUUAUAAAUCUCCACGAGUGCUAUUAUUACAAACGUUUUACCACAGAAUAAAUAAUAAUACUGCCGUACAGAAAGGAAAUUUCCUACAAAACCGAAGUUUGACAGCGGUUCAGGGUCGUCUUAUCUGUGGUGCACGCAAAAGGAAGUCAAGUGGUGCCAACGCUAAUAAUUGCUCGGAGCAAUGCUGAGCCGAGUUUGAACCGAAGUCAAGAGUUACGCACCCCUGGUUUUACCACUACCAGCUGGCCCAGUCAAAUAUAUCAGCAAUGGUUUUUGCAUUGGGUCGUUGUUUGAUAUUAAAUGAUGCAUAGCGUGGAACAAAAUUUCUCGCUGUUCCUCGUUUGCUUUGCGCAUAAGCCCAUGAAAUUCUGGAUAAGAUGGAAUGGCCCUGGAUCAAGAAGUGGUUCCUUGCGUCGGUUUGAGAUGUGUCCACAUUUUAGUCAAACAAGGCAAGGUUAAGUCUUUGAGCUUCGCCGAAAAACGGGACAUAAUUUCCGCGCCAAAACCAACACCCGACUUGUGUAUUUCUCAGUCAAGUCAGCGACAUAAGAGAAAAUUCUGUAGGGCCGUCUACAAAACUCAUUGGAUUGUUGGUUGUUCCCAUACAAAUAAGAUGUAUUGCUGGUGUUGCAUAUUUUUUUCGAACGAUAUUAACGUUUGGAAUAGUUGUGGCUAUGACGAUUUAAAUAAUUUAUCUGGAGCGAUAAAGAGGCACACGAAUUCCGGUAAACACAUGUGUGCAGUGAUUGCUUUUAGCAAUUUUGGGAAACUAAGGAUCGAGGCCCCUAUGUCGCGCCAAUUAUCAGAAGAAAUAUCAAAACAUAACAUGCGUGUAGACAACAAUCGUAGUGUUUUUCAGAGGUUAGUCGAUAUUGUGUGCCAUUUAGCACAGCAAGAACUUCCUUUUAGAGAACACGAUGAGUCGAACACUUCAUUAAAUAGGGGCAAUGUUUUGGAACUUGUAUCGUUGCUAUCAAAAUAUGACUGCGUUCUAGAAAAACAUGUUCAAAGUGACCAACCAAGCUCGAGCUAUUUGUCUUACAAAAUUCAAAAUGACAUUAUUCAAUCCGUAGCAGACGUGAUAAGAGCUCGCAUUGAAAAUGAAGUGAAAAAAACUAAAUUUGUUUCUGUUAUAAUUGACGAAACUCCUGACGUCAGUCACAGGGAACAAUUAUGUUUGAUUUUGAGAUAUUUCGGUGAAAACGAUAUUCACGAUCGCUUUAUGGGAUACGUUAAUGUGUCUUUAAGUCGCACUGCGGAUGUAAUUUCUAAUAUUAUUUUAGAACUGCUGAAAAAACAUGACUGCACAGAAAAACUAGUAGCACAAAGUUAUGACGGAGCUAGCGUAAUGUCCGGUACAAGAAAUGGAGUCCACCAAAAAGUAAAAGAGGCGUGUCCUGAAGCGAUGUACAUCUGGUGCAAUGCACACGAUUUGGCCUCGGUCUUAUCAAAAUCGUGCAAUAGGAUUAGAGAGGUCAGUUCGUUUUUUUCGGCCCUGCAGUCUAUAAGCACUUUCUUUAGCCACAGUACUAAACGAGCUGCAUUUUAUGAUUCUCAUUGCAGCAAAAAAUUGCCGAAUGCGCCUGCAACUCGCUGGACAUGUAUGUCGCAACUUGUUAAUACAGUUUUCGACCAAAAAGACAAUCUUGUUACUGUGUUUUCCGAAAUCUGUGACCAUCCAGAGGACUGGGAUGGAGAUACCAUUUUAGCCGCGGGAAAUUUCGAAACUUUGAUGAACUCAUUUAACUUUAAUUUCUUUCUAAAAACAUUUCAUCACAUAUUCGAGAAGUCUGACUGUUUAAACAAUAUUGUACAAAAAACCGAAGUAAAUGUCGGCUAUUGUAGCAACAAAAUCAAAGAGUUUCAAACAUGGUUGCGGGUCGAUUUCCAAUCCGAAUUCGGCCAAAUAUAUGAUAACACCCUGCAAAACCACGCGGCUCCUCGUAUGAGACGCAACAUAAGUUGCGCUCAAACGGAAUAUAAAAGACUUUUUGUCGAAAUAAUCGACAAAAUAUAUUCCGAAGUCGAAGAACGAUAUUCAGAAAUUAUUAAAUUGAAGUUCUUUCAGUUAGUUAAUAAUAAAAAAUUUGAGAAUUAUAACUCAAAUUUUCCAUCAGAGGCGUUGGAUUCGUUAUUUGAGACCUACCCGAACUAUUUUGAUAGACAAACAUUGAAAAACCAAUUGGCGUGUCUAUAUUCCUCCGACGAACUUAGAAACUGCAACGUUUUUGAACUGAUUGAUUUCAUCAACCAAAAUAAUCUGGAAGAUGCUUUUCCUCAGCUACUAAAAUUGGCAAAUCUGGUUGUUACUAUUCCGGCUACAAGUGCUUCAGCAGAACGAGCUUUUUCGUCUCUUAAGCGUAUUCACACUUAUCUGAGAAAUACACAGGGUCAGGAGCGUCUCUCUGAUUUAUCGACCAUUGCCAUAGAAAAACAGUUACUGAUAGAUUUAAAACGUUCGCCAACCUUUUACUGUGACGUUAUUGACUGUUUCCUAAAGAAAGACAGACGGUUUGAACUUGUAUAUAAAUAGUUGGUAGGUAUAUGGAUCUAAUG